CGCUCCUCUGACGCAGGGUCGUGAAGGUGCACAGCGUCUUGUACCCAUCUAUGGAUCUAUGGAACGAAGGAGUCGCACUCGAGUAGCGUAGUCUGGGGCCGAAGUCGAAGCGGCCCCAGAAACCCGCCUCGCGUCUGGGGCGCCUCCGCAGUUUGUUACAACACCAACAUCAUCUAUCCGUCGGUUCUGUCUUGCCGGGCCGCCGCCUGUCAACGCCGCAUCAUUCAUUUUCCCACGCGACACUCCCAUACUCUGAGCACCGCAUACAUAUCCGCCUGAAUCCCUUCGCAUCGCUGGACCGCCGCUACGGACCCUCAAGCUUCCCAAUGCCCUGAACCAGCCCCGCAAAACCCGGCCUCGCGACCUGGCCCAGAGCCCAGAACAGCGCAAGCUGCAGCCGAUUGAUUGCCGGUUGUCUACCAGUAUAUUGCACCACCACCUCCUCCUCCCGCCAUGUUCGUCCUUCCCCCUCCACCCAGAUAUCCUGCAGGUCCCUACCCCGGCACGCCCGGCGGUGGCCCAUUGAUCGAGACUAACAAUACCGUUACACGCCCCACGGAUAACAGCAACCAAUUGGUUGUGGGAGAAGGAACCUAUGUGCUCCGCGACGACCUCUACCUAGCUACUCCACCGCCUCACCCCUCCGAAGCUCCCGUCCACAAUCCGAAUCCGCUCGCGACCACUAUAGCACCUCCGAGUGCAGGAACAAAACUCUCGCUCGUUGCCCUCUCGCCGGCACAACCUUCACAACCUCGACUCUAUAGACUGGAUACUGCAAAUAGCAGUGGCCUCCCUCCGAGCAUACAGGAAUCUCCACAUGAAUGGAACAGCCAAGCUAGCGAUGCAGGCUCCCACAGCGCUGGUGGACUGACCCGGUCGGCGCAAGGCUCGCAGACGCCUGCAUUUGGCGAAGGGAACCCGUCGCUGUCGCUUCCAAACGGAAAGGAGAGCAAGGACCCGCUGAAGAAACGCAAACCGAAGAGCAGCAUUGUCAAGAGCAAUUCUUCCUUCGUCUCGAGGGUCAUACCUCAUGAAUCGCUGUCCAAGCGGCUGCAGGAACACGAUCCCAAGGGGUUUUUCGCAUUUGCAAACGUCAACCGGGCGCUGCAGUGGCUCGACCUCUCCAUGACAAACAAGGACGAGCAUUUGACUAAGGUUCUGUUCACCAAGGCACACGCACUGUGCCACGACGUGAAUCAGGUCACAAAGGGACCUACCCAUAUCGAUGUCAUCUUGGGCUUCUCAACAGGAGAUAUCAUAUGGUAUGAACCCAUGUCGCAAAAGUAUGCGCGCAUCAAUAAGAAUGGCAACAUCAACCGGACACCGGUCUCUGAUAUCAAAUGGCUACCGAACAGCGAGAACCUGUUUAUCGCAUCCCACGCAGACGGUGCCUUGGUUGUGUACGAUAAGGAGAAGGAGGAUGCGGUAUUCGUUGCAGAAGAUGCUUCGGCGCCAGAUCUACCGUCUCAGAACGGCGAGCGAAAACCGUCAUUGACUGUGAGGAAGUCGGUAAACUCCAGGAACCAGAAGACGAACCCGGUGGCGUACUGGAAGGUGUCCAAUUCCAAAAUCAAUGCAUUCUCCUUCUCUCCCGAUUGCCAGCAUUUGGCGGUGGUAUCCGAGGAUGGGUCAUUCCGUAUCAUUGACUAUCUCAAGGAAAAGCUGUUGCACCUGUUCUAUGGCUACUACGGGGGGCUGAUGUGCGUGUGCUGGUCGCCCGACGGGAGAUAUGUGGUGACCGGGAGCCAGGAUGACCUUGUGUCGAUCUGGUCGCUGGAAGAUAGCAUGCUGGUUGCGCGAUGCCAGGGGCACAACUCGUGGGUGACUGCCGUGGCGUUUGACCCGUGGCGGUGCGACGAGCGCAACUACAGGAUCGGGAGUGUGGGCGAGGACUGCCAGCUGUUGCUUUGGGACUUUAGUGUUGGGAUGCUACACCGACCACGCGCGGCUUCGGUGCGACAACGAAACAGCAUCACGUCGGCGACGUUGCAGAUGGCUCGCAGCCGUACCGACGGAUCCUUAUCCCGAUUCCGAUCCAAUUCCAACCUCACCACAGCCACGGUUGACGACGAGGUGAAUGUGCAUCCGGUGGAUGGGAAAGCGCGCACGCCUUUUCUCCCCCCUGUCAUGUCCAAAAAGGUCGACGACCAUCCGCUGAGCUGGCUGGCUUUUGAAGAGGACUGCAUCAUGACGGCUUGCAACAACGGCCAUAUCAAGACAUGGGACCGGCCCAAGGAGGCUGCCGGCGGUGAGGACGCGCCAUCGCUGACAUCGACCUGAAACAGCAAAACAUUUGUUGAGAAGAGGAUUUUUUUUGUUGGUGGGCGAGUCGGGAGGGUAUCACACUACUUGUGGAGAGGAUUUCGGUGCACGGCUGUGAUUUUACUGGCUGCUCGGUUGUGUUGGCGAUGAGAUGAAACGGUGUUGAGGGAUUGAGUCGGGAGGUCUAGCGUUAUGUUCCUGUUGGCUUUCAGCGGGAGCGAGGGAAUGGCGGCACACUUCACACAGAGUCUGAAGUUGGUGGUCGGAUGGAGGCUACUAAAUACUUGCGACCUCUUCGCAUUGAUCGUAUAGGAGGA